UGGUGUGCGAGCCACCCGAGACCACAACCCACUCCUCCCACGAUCCCGGGGCAGAGAGAGAGGCAGAGCCGAGCCGGGGCAGCCCAGGCACUCAUGGACAGGAUGAUGCUGCUGCAGGGUGCUGCUUACUGCUGCUGCAACCAGUGGCUGGGGGCAGUCAUCCUGAGCGUCUGCUGCCUCCUGCCCUCCUGCCUCCCAGCCGCACAGAGCAUGGACUUCCCGUGGCCGGCAGUGGACAACCUGGUGGUCAGACAAGGAGAGACAGCCAUGCUUAGGUGUUUCUUGGAAGACGGAGCAUCGAAAGGAGCCUGGCUAAAUCGGUCAAGUAUCAUUUUUGCGGGGACUGACAAAUGGUCCGUGGACCCAAGAGUGUCGAUCGCGACGUCGCCCACGAAAAAGGAGUACAGUCUACGGAUACAAAAAGUGGACGUUUCGGACGACGGGCCGUAUACAUGCUCCGUACAAACCGAACACAGCCCUCGGACAAUGCAGGUCCACCUCACUGUCCAUGUUUCUCCAAAGAUUUACGACAUUUCCUCUGACAUGGUCGUCAAUGAAGGAACAAACGUAUCAUUACUGUGCUUGGCCACCGGGAAACCAGAACCGUCCAUAUCAUGGAGACACAUCUCUCCGUCCGCCAAGCCGUUUGGCAGUGGACAGUAUCUGGAUAUUUACGGCAUAACGAGGGACCAGGCCGGUUACUACGAGUGCUCUGCGGAAAACUCUGUGUCCUUUCCUGACGUAAAGAAAGUUAGCGUCACCGUCAACUUCCCUCCCACUAUUCUGGAAAUUACGCCCACAGGGGUGUCGUUGGGAAAAUCUGGAUUAAUCAGAUGCGAAACAGCAGCAUAUCCGCACCCAGCAUUCGAAUGGUACAAAGGAGAGAGAAAACUCACAAACGGACAAAGAGGCAUAACUAUAAAGAAUUAUAAUUUGCGAUCCAUUCUCACUGUCUCCAAUAUAACAGAGGAACAUUUCGGCAACUAUACCUGCGUAGCGAUUAACAAGCUUGGAAGCAGCAAUGGCAGCCUUCUCCUCAACCAAAUUAUUGAGCCUUCCACCUCUAGUCCUGUCACAAGCUCAGCUCCAAGCACAGCCCAAUACGGAAUCACGGGGAGAGCGGAAGUCUUGUUUUCCUGCUGGUACCUCGUCUUGGCUUUGUCCUCCUUUACCAGCGUAAUGUAUGUGAAGAACAUCAUUACACAAUAAACAUAAAGAACCAUAACAGGCUUUAAAGAUUUUUUUUCCGGAAGCGCUGACGACAGGAUGCAAUCUGGCGCUGUACGUUCGAAGCGGUGCGGGAGACAACCGGCAGCGCUUACACGGCGACGAUCGGCAUUUGUAGAAUUGCUUAUUAUGUAAAUACCUUCUUUUUUUUUUUCCUCCUUCUUUGAUUAGCUGCAUUGAGUUGUGGAAGCAGUAUACAUCGUCCUUUUUUUAAAAAAGAAAAACGUGAAAGCUCUGAAAUUACUUUUAGGAGGGAUAUAAAUUUGUUCGUAAUCCGUAACUUUUGAGCUACGGGGGUUGCUGCGGUUUACAAAAAAAAUAAUGUAAAAAAAAUCAAGAAUAAUAAAAAAAAAAAUAUCAGAUAUUAUUAUUCUACGCUUUAAACCUCCCCGGGGCAUACGUUGGGUUGUGUUUCCUAAAUAAGAUUUUGAACUCAUGUGUAUCAAACAUUUCCACCAUUUUUAUUACAAGAAUAUUGCCUUCAAAAGAUAAUUCCUGUUACAUUUCAGAUACAUCUUCUGCAAGUUUAAUAUUUGGAUUUAUCGAUAUUUUAGAAAUUCCGAUUUAAAUUAAAAAAUUUGAAUUUUUACUUGAUGUGUUACGCAUGGGUGUGCCUUCAUAAAGUUUUAAUAAUUUUGUUUAAUUAUUAUUAUUAUUAUUAAUUAUAAUAAAAUGGAUUUUCCUAGGUUAUUGGGUCAAAAAAAAAUAUUUCAAAUUUGAAAAACACUAAUUUAAAACGUGCAGAUCAUAUUUUUAGCAAUUCAUGUCAUGUUCCCGCGCAAGUGUGAAAGACUUCUAUGUUUGCUAAUGAAAAUGUCCGUACCUCGAACAGUAUUUCAAAGCCGUGUUCUCAUCCCAUGCAGAGAACACGCGUGUGCAGAUAAUGUAACAUUCUUUUGUUGGCAGAAAACGACACCCAAUAAAAAAAAAUGUUAAAAAAAAAAUGCAAUAGCGUCUCCUGCUGAGUCUUGGCAGGAAUUUUUUUUUAUUUUUUUCAAAUUCCCUAAUUAUAGCACAAUUCUCACGUGUGUUUUUUUGUGAUUUCAGAGCUAUUUCUCUUCAAAAGUAUUAUUCAAAGUUCUAAAAAAAUUAAAAUGUUGUGCAGAUGAGAACGUGACAAUCCAUUCCAUCAUCCAUCCGAAAAAUUCAUCGAAUCUGUAUUGUUUUGCACUUGAUUUUGUACUGAAUUUGUGAAACUAGCUGAAAUAGUCAAGAAAAAAAAGUGGAUAUAUUUGGAAAUGGGUCUACUCAGCGGAAAAUAAAAUUCUGGUAAAAAU